AGUACUUUGAAAUGUAAUUGUUUUAAUUUAGGAGGAAGGAGAGUGAACUAGUUGUCAUCGUGACACCGCACACACGACCAAAUGUGACCUCUGUUUUAACCCAUCACCACAGCCAGCAGGGGGCAGCUUUCAGAGCCCGGGGAGCAGUGAAUGGGGACGGUGCCAUGGUCAGAGCACCUCAGUGGUAACUUGCCAGCUAGUGGACUCGAACCUGACGUUAAUCGUAGUUGGCAACUCCACAGCCAGUUGCCUCCGGAAGCACAAAGCGGAGUAGAAGCGACUUCCUAAAGAUGUCUGACAGCGCCGAGUCUCCAACGGAACCACAGAAAGAAGAUUCUCGGCCCACGACAGACGAUUCGGCGGCGAAUGACGAGAAGAAAAAAAUCGACGUGCUGUUGAAGGCAGUGGGAGACACUCCUAUAAUGAAGACAAAGAAGUGGGCAGUGGACCGGGGCAGGACGGUUCAGUCUCUGUCUCAGUUCAUUUCUCGUUUCCUCAAACUUGAUGCCAAUGAACAGCUGUUCAUCUACGUUAACCAGGCUUUCGCACCUUCACCUGAUCAAGAAGUCGGGGCCCUAUUUGAUUGUUUUGGCAGUGAUGGAAAGUUGGUCCUUCAUUACUGUAAAUCCCAGGCCUGGGGUUGAACUCACCGUCGUUUAUGUUACUAGUUACUACUAAUAAUUUAUCAACCAGACAUGCACACCACGUCAUCUUUGCUUCUUUGUUUUUAUUCCAUUAACAUUUUGUACAUAAAGUGUAAAUAAAUGAUUGUGACAUUC